CUUGCACAUUUGUUUUCUACAAGGCUUGUCUCUAUAGACUAGUUUAUUAAAGGUUCGCGCCAGAUUUGUAAACAUUAUUAGUUUAUUAAUUUCAUGUAAAUUAAACAAAUAUGCCGCUUCUAGGUAAAAAGUUAUUUACCAUAGGAGCUAUUUCUCCACAAAAAGAUAAAGAGGAUUGGCAGUAUUUCAUUCCUCACACAAAGGAGCGGUUCCAAUCAAAGUCUGAAUAUGAAAAAAGAAAAAGUUUGUAUGAGCAGAAAAUUUGGACUUGCCGUGCCACUGGGCACACCAACUUAAGUCAUGAAGAAGCUUGCAAUUCUGAGAAAACUGUGAUGAAGCAGUUAGGUGAUCAGUUCCCAAAGUGCUUUGAAAAGGAUAUUUUAGAAAUAGUCCACCACAAUACUGUAAGCUUGGAAAAUCUGGUUGAUAAAGCCUGGUUGAAAUUACAACAGCAGUUUAUUGUUGGAGAGAAAGUCAAUUUGAAAGUCAAAUUUGCAGAUAAACUAAUUCCUGCCAAAGUAAUUGCCAUUGAUUCUAAUUUGACUUGUAAAGAAGUAUCCAGCCCUGCCUGUAAUUCACCAUCAAGUGACAAGGAAAACAGUACAGAGGAAAAGGAUAAAGAAAGCCCUAAAAAAUGGGUACCACCUAAGAUGCUUCCCUAUACCUACAGUAUAGAGCUAGAGAAUGAAGCCAAAGUGAUUCAUUCAGUUCCAGGGAGUGACCUCCAUCGUGUAGAAAAAGCCCCAUCCAAAGAUGUCCUUCGACACUUUAUAAGAGUUUCUGCUUUAAGAUCAGGAAACACAGCAACAAGUCCAUGGGUAGUCAACACAGACUUGGUUAAACAGUAUAAACUUGUCAACAAAUUUGCUGAUUUUUUCCUAUCACCUCUGAAGAUGUCUGAAGCAAUUAAAAAAGCUGAAGAGAAUGGCAAAAAACGCAAACUGUCAAAUGGGGCAACAAAAUCUGCAGCUAAGAAACUGAAACUAGACAAGUCCUUAAAGAAAGACAAGAAGCUUAAGAAUCAGGAGUCUACCCCUAAUACUAAAAAGGAAUUAAAUGGAACAAAGGACUCCAAAUCUGCAGGGAAGAAUACAAAAGUAUCACCAAAGAAAAAAGCCUGUAAAGAUUCAGCCAUAAUUAUUGCAAACAGUGAUUCAGAGGAUGAAGUUUCUCUGGCUAAACUGAAACGUAGCAGCUCUGUGGUGAAUUCUGAUUCUGACUCAGAUGUCCCUCUUUAUCAGCUGGUGGAUCAAACUACCCCUAAAAAAAAGAAAAAGUCCAGUGAGGUUAAUGUCUCUAGUGAUGAGGACAUACCAUUAAGUAAAAUCACACCGUCAAGCCCCAAAAAAUCAACACCUAAGAUAACUGUUAACUCAACACCUAAAAAGAAAACUUCUUUGUCUAAGUCAAUGAAAAAAAUAUCAGACAAGUCAACAAGCAAGAAGAGCAACAAGAAAAAGAAAAUAUUAGCUGAGGAAAAGAAAAAGGGAGGCAUGAAACAGGUUACCUUGUUUGAUCUCACCAAAAAGGGGAAGAUUGAGCAGAAAAGUAAAAUCUCUGAACAGAAGACACCCCAGAAAAAAUCGCCAGCUAAAACCCCUAAGUCUCCCCCUCGGCCCCCGCCUACCCCAGCCAUUGUUAAGCGUCUGCUCUGUUCAAAGCGGGAAACACUUCAAGAGAAGAUGAAAUACUCAAUGCUGUUGAAAAAGGCUGUGUCUGUCCUGUCUGCUGCUCAGGUGAAGAACCUUCCAGAAAAAUUGAAGGGAGAGGUUGAGCACAAAAAGAAGCUGAUGGAGGAAAAAGAGAAGAUGGCCAAGAUGACUCAAGAGGAAAGAGAGGCUUACCUGAAAGAGAAGAGAGAGCAGGCUAAAAUUGUGCAGAAACAGAAACUGCUUCAAAAACUGAGAGAUCAAAGGAAAAGGUUUGAGGAUACAGACUUGGAUUUAACACCCUUGCCACAAGCCAAACUGGUACCCACACCAGACAGCUUCCCAAAUUCACUUUUUGGGGAUGUCGCUAUGGUGACGGAAUUCAUUAACAGUUAUAGUGGACUCUUGAUGCCUGAAUCAGAGUAUCCAAUCUAUACUGAUGCAUUGAUGAAAGCUUUGGUUGGUGGCUCCUCAGGCUUUGCCUAUCUCUCAAGGGUAUUAAAUGUGUUGUUGCAAACCCUUUUACAAGAUCAAAUUGCUAAGGGCUAUAAGGAAUUCAACACAUUGUUGUCAGAUAUAGCUGUAAGUUCCUAUACAGCUUCAGAGCUGGUCAGGUUGUGUUUACAGUGUGAAGAUGAGGAUGAUGAUGUUGAAGAUGUGCCUGAAGAGUAUAUCAGAUUGUUGAAAGACUCAGAGUUUUAUCAGUUAGAUGUUGAACAGAAACUGUGUGUGCUGCAUGGUCUGUGUUCUCGUGUACUGGCGACUUAUUCAGUUCAGGAUUACAUGGAAGAGCAGCAGCGGAAAGUCAAUGUUCUAACAAAACAAAAAAACACAGAACUGAAACAAAUGGCGGCUCAAAAGAAAACUGGCAAGCAGGGUGGCUUUGAAACUAAAAAUGAAAAGUUAGUUGAGAAAAAUGAAAAAGUGGAAGACAACAAGGAUACUAAGAAUGGAUCACUGACAAUAACUUCCUUCUAUGGCAAAGAAGCUGCAGAUAUUACAGAGGAGUCUGAUAAUUUGAUAUCUACUGUUAAAAGCAGAAGGCUACUUGCAGCCAAGGCAGCAGCAGAGAAAGAAAGAUUAGAGAGAGAGAGAAUGGCAUUAAGGGAAAAAGAAAUUCAGGAAGAAAAGCAGAAAGAAAAGCUACGUAAGAAACAAGAACAAAUGGCAGACGCCAUCAACCUAGCUAGGAUGGUGCUUCGAUGUGAACCCAUUGGCACAGAUAGACAUCAUGAUCGUUACUGGGUGUUCACAAAUACCACACCUGGACUGUAUGUAGAAAAAGGUUGGGUAGGGGAGGAGAUCAACUAUAACAUAUAUAAAAAGACCAAGAGCACAGAAGAGGAGGAAGAAGAAGAGGAAUCAUCUGAAAGUGAGGAAGAGACUGAUAUCCCUCAAACUGGAGACACUCCUCUCAAAUUGAAGUACAGAACAAAGAAGCAGAUGAUUGAGACCAGCACCCCACAUCCUGGACAAAACAUGUGGUUUACAUACAGGUCUCAGAAAGAUUUGGAUGGAUUGCUUAAAGCUUUACAUCCUCAGGGAAUAAGAGAAAGUCUGCUUAAGGCUGAAAUUAAGAAAAGAUAUGAUGACAUUUCAAGAGCCAUCAUUAUGUCUCAGAGAACAAAUUUAGAACUCAGAGACUCUGAUGGUGAUGUAGAAAUGGUUGAAGGGUUCAAGAAAGAAUUGUCUGACAUGGAGCUGCGACUUAGAAAUGGUGGGCUAGGUGGAGUCAAAGACUACGAUGAGUGGGAAGCUACACUGAUGAAGGCUACUGAGAUAUCAGAAUUGGGUCUAAGUUUGUUGCGGGUACAUGAUGGAAUACUGGAGAAAUUUUUACAAGGUUUUAUGAAGCCAAGCAAUCGUGUUGGUGAGGGAGAAAAGAAGCAGGAUAGUGAAACAGAGGACAAACAAAGUGAUGGUGAAUGUGCUGAUAAGCCUCAAGAGAAGGAAGAUAAAAGAGAGAAAGUUAUAAGGGAAUGGAAGGAAGCUGUAGAGAAUUGCCAGACCUUGUCCAGGCUACAUGUACUGAUGGCUUUCUUGGACUCAUGUAUCAAGUGGGAGAAAUCUGCGGAGAAUGCUAAAUGUAAAAUCUGUCGCAAAAAAUGUGACGAUGCUCGUCUGCUACUCUGUGAUGAAUGUAAUCAGGCUUUCCAUAUGUACUGUUUGAGACCUGCUCUCAACAAAUUGCCUAGUGGUGACUGGUUUUGUCCUGCUUGCAAGCCUCGACGACCACAGGAAAGAGUUGCAGAGUCUGAGUCGGAAGCCGAUGAGGAAGAGAGGGAAGAUGCUUGUCGUGAAUGUGGUGGUAAGGAGAAGCUGAUAUUCUGCUCAAAGUGUCCUGCUGCAUUCCACACUCAGUGUCAUGAUCCACCCCUCCGGCACCCUCCCAGAGGAUCUUGGGAAUGCACAGACUGUAAAAAUGGUGUCAAUGAGAGAAAAAGAGGAAAACUUUCUCGUAAAGUGGCACCUAAACGUAACUACCGGCAAGCUUUGUCGGCCAGUGAGGAAGAAGAAGAGUCUACUGAGGAAGAGGAGGAAGUGACACCUGCUAGAUCUAAAAGGUCAAGCUCAAACAAAGGAAGAACACGCAAUAAAGUCAAGAAACGCUCUUGCCACAUUCAGGAUUCCACGACAUCAAGUCGGUCAAGAUCAAGUACACAAAAAGAAAUGGUCACUCCCACACAUCGUGUAUCUCGACGUGGACCCUCUGAGUUAUCUCUGUGUGAAGAGGUGCUACAAAAAGUAAUGAAACACAAAUCCAGCUGGCCUUUCCUGGAACCUGUUGACAAAAAAAUUGUCCCUGAUUACUAUGUUCUCAUAAAAAAGCCGAUGGAUUUUCAAACUAUGAUGAAGAAAUGUGCCAGACUGAGUUAUGCCUCUCCUCAAGAGUUUAUUGAGGAUGCUGCCCUGGUCUUUGAGAAUGCAGAAUCUUACAAUAAGCCUGAUAGUGAAGUGUAUCAUUGCAUGAAAGAGGUGGAGAAAGUCUUCAGGGAGGCACUUCACAAAGUCUUACCUGACUGGCCAUUUUACAGAACUGUUAAUGACAGAGAGGAAAGCUCGUCUGGUAGUGAAACUGGGCGGCGACGAUCUCGUAACAAAUGAUUUGUAGAUAUUUUAGUAUAGUACUUUAUGUGACAUGGGACAUUUUUAAUAUGUUGUAUAUAGACAUUAUUUUGGUACAAUGUUUAAAAUAAGCUGAAAAUCUCACUAGAUAUUUAAGUUACAAAAGACUUGAUAUUCAUUGAUUCAUAUUGAAUUUUUUUUCGGCUCAAAUCUUAAACAAGGAUUUUCAAUUAUUAGUUUCCAUCCAUUUCUGUAUGAUUGUUGUAUAGCCAAACAAUGUCAAAAGUUGACUUAUUUUUAGAUGUGUGUGAUUUUUUUAUAAUGUUUAAGAUCUGGGUAAAACAAUUCAAGUGUAUCUUUCUAUAAGACAAUUGAAAUUCUAUAAUGUUUCUCUGACUCAUUUAUAUACUGUAAUUGUCUAUAAGUUUUUAGCUCAGUAUCUUUUUAGUUUCUAUAAGAUUAGAUAAGAAAAGAUUUGGAUUCUCUACAAUUUUGAGAUAAGAUUUCCAUUCAGUAUAGUGUUUUUUAUAAGUGUAAGUACAGUGUCCAUCACUAAAUUUAUAGUGAGUUUACCAUAUUUUAUAAGAUUACAUCAAGUGUCAAUAAGAUGAGAUUUAGGUUUUGUGCAAUUUUUAAAUGUCUAAAUACAAUGUGAGCUAAAUUUAGGUUCUUUACUAAAUCUAUAAGACUAGAUUCUAGAUUUAGGUUCAGACUGGUUUCUAGAACAUUAGGCUCUGUAUGCCUAUUAAUUAUUCAUGUGCCAUAGAUACAUUUAAAAGUGCUUCAUGGGCAAAAAAUAAAAAUCAAUAUAACAUUUUAUUUUAUGUUUCUAGCUAAGUGCAUAAUUGUAUUUCUUUUUGUCUUGGAAGUUAUGAAUUGGGUUCAAUUGUAUUCAAACCAAUUUUUAAAAUGCAAUCAGUGAAUCUAUUUAUUUUGCCCUAUUUCUUUUUUUGUUUACAAACUGCUAUGUAGAUAUGUCAUUGUGUGUUCAUAUGAGCAACAUGGUAGUUUGAUCUAAAAAAACAAAAAUGCCCUGAAAAUUUCAUGUUAAUUUAGAUAUCUUUAUUUCUUAGUCUUUCAAGCAACUGUCCAAAAUAUCUAAUACAGCUGUCAAACUAAAUAUUUUUUUCUUAUAAGAACUAUUUGUUUUAAUUAAAAAUACUUAUACAAUAAUAAUAAUAAAACAAACCAAAAGUAUUUGAAGGGAAUAUUCUUUCUAUUCAGAGAUUUUACUUUCUGAUUUGAUAAGAAACCUUAACAUUUUCAGUGUCGACAAUAAGUUGUAGUAAAAAGAUAUAAAAAUCAUUUUGUCUCUGUAGCCACAAUUAACAAAUGUUUUUUUUUUGUAUGGCCAGCACAACUAUGCCUGCCUUUAUUUUUAGGUUAGGUAGUUUUAAUGACUGCCAGGAUGUCCUUAAAUCUUACUAAGGGCCUUCACCUGUAAAGUUUAACUUUAGACCUAUUCAGCUGUAGAAAUCCAAUACUACUCUCCAACUGAGCCCAUCCAAUGGUUUAAAUCAUUUAUGAAACUAAAAGUGUUUCUCAUUUAGUUGUUACAAAUCUUGCAUUCUGACUCAUAUUUCAUAGAUUACAGUAAAUGAAAAUAUUAAAUUAAUUUAAUCUACAAUGAAGUACAUUUUAUCACAAAUAAUAACAUAUAGGAGUGUGACUGCAUUUUUUUUUUUUUUUGCUAAGUGGAUGAGUGUAUUAAAUAUUGAAAUAUAUUCAAGAAUGAUAAUGAUAAUAAAGAGAUUAAAUUUAAGUGCUAUUUCAUAACUAACAAUUAUCUUUGCUACAUUAAACUUUGAUCUAAACUUUCUCCUUAGAAAUGUACAUUAAUAUUAAAAGCAAUUCCGUUUGAUUUUUCACAAUGGAUAUAAGAGCGGGUCAGUUCAGAUUUUUAGAAAACAUUUCCCUAUUCAUUUUUUUAACCUUCAUUCAAAGCAGGAUAUUUCAUUUCAAAAAACUACGUUGACUUAAGAACAUUAGAUAAAUGUGUUUUAUUCACAUUAGAUUUCAGUCAUCUAAGAAAAGGAAAGUAAGCUAAUGAUCUUUGGGCGUGGAUGUACUGCUUGUGUAAAUACAAUUGUAAAAUAAUGUUGACUCAGUGUUGUCAUGUCAUGAUAGUUGGACCAAUAAAAACAUGUAAAAAAAAAUGGUUUUUUGUUCAA